AUGUUGCAGUCCCCCGAUUUCUUAACCAACCUCCUCGACUUCCCCUUGGAGAUCACCGAGCGGGUCUUUUCCUUCCUCCCCCCGGCAAAGCUCCGUGUCUUUUGCGGCGCCCCUCCCUUCCGCACUCUCGCCUUGAAUGCUCUCUACGCGUAUAUUGAGAUCGGUGACCCCAAUGGCCCCAAGGUGCGCGAUGAAGAGGAACACGACCUCAGAUAUACGUUCAUGGACGUUCCUCUGUUCGAAAAGUUCGUGCGCAACCCUGAGUUCACCCACGUCACGAUCAGGCGCGUGGCGCUAUACUCCAUUGCCGAGGUGGUCAACAUGUUGCUGAAGGAAGGUGUACUUGAAAGAGUCUCCAGAAUUAGCAAUAUCCAUGUUCUCUGUGGCUUUGCUCCGCCGGGAAUCGAAGACAGGCUCCGGACCGCUGCCGUGUACCGGUUGGAAAACAUCACAGAGGCCACUGUUCACGUAACCUGCUCUCUGGACUUGGAGACACCGGUUCAGAUCUUUUCCAACUUGAUCUUUUUGCGUAUGGUAUGGCAUGAUGAUUCAACCUGGGACCACACCAAGCCGAUCCCACUCCCAGAAACGCUACAGACCCUCAUGCUCCAAUACCCGGCUGUGCCCGUGACGGUGUACCGCAACCUUCCCAGCUCCUUAAAAUCGGUCUAUCUCGAGGGAGUUGAUAAUAUAUCUAUUAGUGACUUCAAUUCCAUUGAAUUUUCUCCUAGCUUGACAGAUUUGACGAUUGCUAAUACCCCUGGGUGGGAAGACCUCCGCGGGAUAACAUUGCCUCCGCGGCUCGAGGCGUUGCGACUCGUGGAGCUCGGAAUCGAGAGUUUCUCAGGAAUCAGUCUUCCGGCGACGUUGAAGAGCCUUACCCUUGAGGCAAACCUUUUUUUAGCGGAGUUUGAUGUGUCAUUACCUGCAAACCUCGUAGACUUGGCCAUCAUCACCUCUCACUUGGCUUCUCUAGAAAAAGUGCAAUUCCCAGAGACGUUGCGCAAUCUCGAAUUGCUGAGAAACCGGAUUCGUCUGUUAGGCUUCCUCAGCAACCUCCCGGAUGGCCUUGACGAACUUUUUAUGGAGAUGAACGAUUUGGGGGGUGAAGACGAUGACUUGUCCCUGAUUCGGUUACCCAGCCAGUUGCGCACUCUUGAUCUCGAAGGGAACGAUUUGUUUACCAACCAUCGUCUUUGCGAUCUAGCCCUACCCCCGAGCUUGCGCAACUUGCACUUGAGACAAACCGGGUUACUGUCUCUUGCGGAUGUGACGUUUCCGCCUGCCUUGUCGAUCUUGGAUCUUCUGGGCAACCCGCUCAGCACAAUCAACAACAUCACUUUUCCCGACACGUUGGAAGAUUUACUCAUGGAGGAGCUCAAGCUCACACUGGUCACAGCAAAACUCCCAGACUCGCUUCUCUUCAUAGACUUCCGUGGCAUGCCGUUGAAAACACUCGCCGACUUCCGCAUCCCCCAGAGCUGUCGCGAGAUAUUUCUCGGUGCCGGACCGCUAGGUUCGUUCUCUUUUCUGAAUUGGGACGAUGCAAGCUUGAAGCUCACGCGGUUGUACGUUGAAGAGUGCGACAUCGCGUCGCCUCUGGACAUUGGGAGGCUCCCUCCAGGAAUCAAGACUCUCUGUAUUGAGAAGAACCGAUUGGUCACACUACAAGGAUUAGAGCUCCCUCCACACUUGGUGGAGCUUCGCGUGUCAGACAAUUAUAUCACAUCGUUGAAUGGCCUUGUAUUUCCUGAUUCAGUCAAGUACCUUGAGCUUCGGCUAAACCGAAUUACAUCCGUCGAGUCUGUUAGGCUCCCAGAAAGCCUAACCAGACUCUCCCUCGCGGGAAACAGACUCACCAACAUCGACGGAAUGGUGUUACCUCCACGGUUAGAGUAUUUUGGCGUAAAUGAGAAUUCGAUCACGGAAAUCUUGCACCUUGAGCUCCCAGAAUCGCUACUUACUCUCCAGCUCCAGGGGCAAAAAGAGGGACUAACCAACAUUCUGGGGAUCAAAAAGCUCCCGGCGGGCUUGAAACGCAUGGAUAUCAGCUCCAAUCUACUCACAUCGUUCAAUUACGCGAUCCCCAAAGGUAUGAAGGUAUUAUAUAUCCACGAUAAUCCAGGGUUGAGGCACGACGCCUGGAGAUUGGCCAAGGACCAUCCGAACCUUAGGUUGUUCAGACACCAUUCAGGGGAAGAGGAGGCUCUACAAGCCAACGUCGGCUCCAGCGACGAAUGGGAGGAGUGGGACGAAGAUGCAUCGGAAGGUGGAUCUGAGUCAGGGGGCUCAGACGAAGAGAUGGUUGAUGCGAUGCCCGAAGAAGGGUUUUCAGACGCCGUAUCGUACGGUGACACCGACGAUAAUUCCGACCCCUACGGCGAGUACUCUGACACGGCCAGCGAGUUUGACGAGUUCUAG